AUUCGACUUCGAUCCUUUUUCCCUUCUUUCCAUAUUCCAUUCCACAACCGACAAAAAUGGCUCCCAAGAAGACCGCCCCUGCCGCCAAGGAGAACGUCACUCUCGGCCCUCUGGCCGGUGAUGGCAAGCUCGUCUUCGGCGUUGCCCGCAUCUUCGCCUCCUUCAACGAUACCUUCGUUCACGUCACCGAUCUUUCCGGCCGUGAAACCAUCUGCCGUGUUACCGGUGGUAUGAAGGUCAAGGCCGACCGUGACGAGUCCUCCCCCUACGCCGCCAUGUUGGCUGCCCAGGACGUCGCCGCCCGCUGCAAGGAGCUCGGUAUCAACGCCCUCCACAUCAAGAUCCGUGCCACCGGUGGUAACGGCACCAAGACCCCCGGUCCCGGUGCCCAGUCCGCCCUCCGCGCUCUCGCCCGUUCCGGCAUGCGCAUCGGCCGUAUCGAGGACGUCACCCCCACUCCCUCCGACUCUACUCGUCGCAAGGGUGGUCGCCGUGGUCGUCGUCUGUGAGCAUGUGCGAGUCUGUCUCUACCAAGCUGCGCGGAAGCUGCUUUGCUUCUACGCUCGCUGCUUGGGGGAACUUACUCCUUGCUUGCCGGCUGUGGAUGGAAUAAACGCGAAGAACGGCUUUUUUUUCCCGCCUGGUCUUCAAUUUAUUACAUACCCAAAAGUGUGUUUAGCGGUUCCUGGAAUUCGCAGUAGUUAGUCUGGUGUCGGCCCGACGGCUCACUCUGGUCAAUAUAAGUGGAACUUGAACUGCA